AUGAAUAAAACUCCAUGUGACGUCACGCUGAACUACCUAAGGAGCUUGCGAGACAUCGAGGACGAGUACACUGAUGACGUCAUCUCCAAUGAAAUUCUAUCCUUUUACACUGCACUGCUCAUGGAAGAAGGUUUCAGCUGCUUAUACAACCAGGUAUUUCGAGAUGCCACGCAAUCUGAUGACGUAAGCGACAUCUACAUGACGUCACUCAGCCUGCUUGAUACUGCCUUCAAUUUGAAAUUUCAAAAUUAUUGGAAUUUCCAACCCAGCGAACUUUUGAAUUUGGCAAAGUUACAUUUGGAGCCCCUCUUGUCAAUUAUGAGAUUGAAAACGAUAGUGCAGUCACCUAAUUAUAUUAAUAAUAACAACAACAACAAUAAUUAUAAUAUAAUUAGUAAUAAUAAUAAUAAUAAUAAUAAUAAUGAAAUUACAAAUGACAAUGAAAGCAUCGAUCGUUACAACACAAGCAACAUCGACGAAGACAACAGUGAUGAGACUGAUAUAAGCUUCGAUAGCAAUAAGAUCUUGCAUAAAACUCCAUACUUGCAUCAAAUGCCAAACGACGACGACAACAACAACAAGCUACAAAGUCAGGCCAACAAGCAACUAAACAAAUUGCAUCGGCAUUACAAUAGAGAUCAACAACAACAACAUCAACAACAUCAUCAACAACAUCAAGUACAUCGCCAACUGAAGCUAAAUCAACAAAAUAGUCAACAACAUCAUCUAAAGCCACACCAACAACAACACUCGAACAACACACUUUAUCCCAGUAACACGCAACAACAACACCAGCAUCAAAAUGUGGAACACACAGACUACUUUCCAGGACAGAACAUUCAAUUGUUAUAUAAGCACUCCAAAGCAAAACGCAUAUCGCACUAUUUCAAAUGUUCUCACGGCAAAUCAGUUACAUUGAAGAUUGAAAAAGUUGGAGGUUGUUAA